UUCGGUUGCGCGCUCGGCCGGUCGAAUUCUUUUCAAAAAUAAUACAGAAAAAAGCAUUUUGGACAUUUAUUGGGCAAAGAGCAGAUUCUCGAUUAAAUUUGAAUUAAAGUAACCCGGUAAAAUAAUAAUGGAAGUUGAAGCGAUUGUUAACAAUAGCGGUAAUUUUAGUGAUAAUUAUGUGCAAAACAUUUUAGAUGAAAGCCACAAUGUCACCAUUAGGAGUUCAGAACUACUUUCCAGGCUGUUUCCACGCCUUUCCACAAACCUCUCCGGAAUCACGGACAAUCUGAUUUUGACAUCGGCGAGCAAUGUGAAUCCUGAAAUUCUCGAAACUUGCCGCAUUUCCUGCGUAAUUUCCUGCGCUCCGGAACUGCCGGAUCCGCCUCUUCGAAACGAUCUCGUUUACUACAAAGUAGACGUCGCGGACUCCGGGUGUUCCGGCAUAUUUUCCUAUUUCGAUAAAGCUGCAAAUCUAAUACAACAAGUGUCUAACUUAGGCGGGAAAAUUUUAAUCUACUGCGUUGCAGGAGUGAGUCGAUCGGCCUGCAUAUGCCUAGCCUAUUUAAUGAAGCACCACAGGUUGAGCCUUCUGGACGCCUAUAAUUUCGUCAAGUUACGCCGGUCAAGGAUCAAGCCGAAUUGCGGAUUCUUCAGGCAGCUAAUCGAGUACGAAAAGCAGCUAUUCGGCUGUAAUACUGUUCAAAUGGUUUAUAACGAGGUGGUUAGAAUGGAAAUACCAGACGUGUACGAUAAAGAUUACAGGCAUAUUACGAAUUAUGUUAAAAAAAUCAAUAAUCGAAGGUGUUAGUGUGCUGUGGUUCCGAAGUCAAUUCGGUACUGUUUUAAAGUACUGUAAAAUAAAUGCAAAUUAGCUUUAAUUUUUUUUAAUAAGGUAAUAUAAAUUGUAUAUUUUUAUUAAUUUUGAUAAUAUUUAUUAUUACUAUAAAAUAUUAUGUAAACUGUAUUAAAAGACA